CGCUCUUACUGUGCUUGCCGUUCGGCUUCUAGAUCCACAAAAUGCGUAGGCCAGCCUUGCAACCGUCUUCUCCUCCACUCUUCUAUCAUACUAGUUCGGUAAGUGCGCCCUGACCCGUAGUCAGCGAAAGUGGAUUCCAUUUCUAGUGCUUCCCAGCAUCUCAACAACUGAUUGCAACUUCACUUUCCCUUCUUCGUUGUCGAUUUCGUCAUGUUCCGCCAGCCAGCGGCGCGACUGAGGCAAAUAACCUCACCCAUCUUCAAGCGAGGUGGCGCUCGUGCACGCACUGGACGCGAGCAGACCUUCAGAGCCGAGCAACUUCAAAGGCCAUUUUGGAACUCUGGACGGGUCUUGCUAUUUUCCGCGGUUACCGGAACGACCACCUACUUCUACGGCGCCAAUGACGAACCGCACAGAAUUCAGAUGCCAUGGAAGAAGUCAUCUGGGCCCCAAUAUGCGUCCAAGUACGAGAUGGAGAAGGCGAUUUUAGAGCUUAGGGAUGUUCUUGGGGAAGACACCAUUAGUACCGACGACGAGGAUUUGCACCGACACGGAUAUUCGGAAUGGUCGUCUAUCAACAUCGACCAACUUCCCGUUGCGGUAGCGUAUCCAAAGUCAACCGAAGAAUGUGCUACCAUCGCCAAAGUCUGUUACAAAUACAAGAUACCGAUGAUCCCAUAUUCUGGGGGAUCAAGCUUAGAGGCCAACUUCUCGGCCCCAUUCGGUGGCAUGAGCAUUGAUUUCUCGUUCAUGGACCAGAUCUUGGCUUUGCACGAAGAUGAUAUGGACGUAGUAGUUCAGCCUUCCGUACCCUGGAUGAGUCUCAAUGACCAGAUCAAGGACUCUGGGCUGUUUUUCCCUGUCGACCCUGGCCCAUCGGCUCGAAUUGGCGGUAUGGUGGGUACAAGCUGCAGUGGCACCAACGCAGUCCGAUACGGCACGAUGAAGGAUUGGGUCAUCAAUCUGACCGUAGUUCUUGCCGACGGCACGAUCAUCAAGACCAGACGUAGGCCUAGGAAAUCAUCGGCCGGCUACAAUCUCACGAAUCUUUUCGUCGGCUCCGAAGGCACCCUGGGCAUAGUGACUGAGAUCACUUUGAAACUAGCUGUAGUACCCCAAGAGACCAGCGUCGCAGUCGUCACCUUCCCCACGAUACGAGAUGCCGCUGCCGCAGCUUCCAAGGUGUUGCGCGCCGGAGUGCCGGUGGCUGCGAUGGAGAUAAUGGACGACGUGCAGAUGGGCGUAAUCAACAAAGCCGGAUCAACAGCCAAAAAGUGGAAAGAAUUGCCGACUAUGUUCUUUAAAUUUUCGGGGACCAAAGCAGGGGUACAGGAGAACAUUGAGCUGGUGAAGUCGAUCUCCAGAAAACACAAGAGCGGGGAUUUUGAAUUCGCUGUCAGCGCCGAGGAACAGAAAACACUGUGGUCUGCGCGCAAGGAGUCGCUAUGGAGCAUGCUGGCGCUCCGUCGUGAAGGCGACGAAGUUUGGUCAACAGAUGUCGCCGUACCGAUCUCCAGGCUACCAGACAUUAUCGAAAUCUCCAAGAAAGAGAUGGAUGACCUCGGUCUCUUCGCGAGCAUCCUAGGUCAUAUCGGAGACGGAAAUUUCCACGAAAGCAUCAUGUACAACAGCAAAGAUCCCAAAGAGCGAGCGGCUGUCGAGAAGUGCGUUCAUGACAUGGUCGACCGUGCGCUUGAGAUGGAUGGCACAUGCACCGGCGAGCACGGCAUUGGGCUGGGCAAGAAGGAAUCAUUGCAGAAGGAACUCGGUCUCGAUACAAUCAACGUGAUGAGAAGUAUCAAGGGCGCAUUGGAUCCGUACUGGCUGAUGAACCCGGGAAAGAUCAUGGACGCUCAGGCAUAGAAUCGCAUGUCGAGAUGGCGCAUUUACUGUUGUCUGAAGUUCUUCGACGAGCAUGCAUUUGGAGGACGCCUGAUUAUGCGGUGCAUCUGCGAGGGGCAUAUAUAGAUUUCUCUCCGCCUCACCGUUUUGUGUUGUUUUGGUCUGGUAAUAAAAACUGUUGUUCGUGGCAAGACAGUCGGCAAAUGAGCGCGUUCGUGACCUCCGUGAUCGGCUG